AUAUAUAUGUAGAGAGAGAAAGUAUAUAAUAUAAUACAGCUGUGCACAAAAAAUAACCGCAAUUCACUCACUCACACGUGGAGAUCGAAAGCGACGCAUGAAAAUGGCGGAAAGGGAAAUUCAACAGCAAAACCCAAAGGAGCUGCCGGUGCCCUUCGGAAACUUCACGAGCAAGGAGAGCUGGGAUAUCUAUUUCUCCUCACGAGGCGGCGAUGAUUUCUCCGAGUGGUACGCCGAUUGGCCCCAACUCGAGACCUUACUCACCACCCAUCUCCUUUUCCCGUUGUCUGUACUGGCGAACCCUCCCCCGACGCCGCCGCAGCCGGCUGUGAAGGCGGCGGACCUGAAUAUUUUGGUUCCGGCGUGUGGGGACUCGCGGCUGUCGGAGCAUCUGUACGAUUCUGGUUUUACGAGUAUAACGAAUGUGGACUACUCGAAGGCGGUUAUUUCGACCAUGUUGAGGAGGAACGUGGAGGCGCGGCCGCGGAUGAAGUGGCGCGUGAUGGAUAUUACUAGUAUGCAGUUUCCAGGUGAGACCUUUGAUGCUGUCAUUGAUAAGGGAGGAUGGGAUGUUUUGAUGGAUCCCGGGUUUGGUCAAAUACAUCCUAAUCUAUAUAUAACUAAGGUAAAAGAACUCCUAAAGGUUGGAGGAAAAUAUAUUUGUUUCGCAUUGGGGGAAUCUAAAUUGUUAGGUCUGCUAUUUCAAAAGUUUCGGUUUGGGUGGAAAAUGAAUCUUUAUGCCGUUGAUCAGGAACCAUCAUCCAGUAACCUCGAUCAGCAGACCUUUAUGGUUGUCGCUGAGAAAGAUGGUUCAACUUUGAUUUAUCAGAUAACACCAAUCGUGGAUUUUAGUAACUAUCAUGGCAAUCAGGCUCGAGCACUCCUUGAAGCACUUAGAAGAGAAUCGGCUUUUCGCUUUCUUUACAACGGUUCCGCUGAUGAUCUGUUCUAUCCACUUGAAGAUAUUUGGGUACAAGGAAACCUUUCAGAGCUUCAACCUGGCCGUAGGCUACAGCUUACGUUAGGUGACUAUGGAAUAUCCCGUCUCAUGUAUAAAGGCAUACUUCUUGAUGCUCAGCAAGAUUCUGGAUAUUUCUCCAAUCAGUUUCUUGUACUCAUCAUUCCGAAAGUGCGAACUCUUGAGUGGGUUAUGUCAUCAGAGGAAGGACAAUGGGUCUUCGUUCGAGAGUUUAAGGUUGCUCGAUUACUAAUGAUUCUGUUGGAACCCAGACAUUCUUAUUUCCCCAUGGAGGAUAUCCAGAGUGAUCUCUCUCCUCUAGUCAAAAAGUUGGCCCCAGGACAUUGUUAUGUUGGAGUUCAUACUCCUUUUGUGGUUGCAAGUGAUGGGAUUAAGCUGAGAAGGGUGGGGUACCAGGCUACAUCUGGUUUCAAUGGUCCAAUCGCUGUGGAUGAUGUGAUCUUCGAAAAGAUUGAUGAUGCUCUUAGUCGUCACUUUCAAUACAAGGAUUUGAUAAUCCGCCGCUUGAUCAUUCGGGGUUCCGUGCUAGCUGAAGCUGUUUUAACCAGUAAGAAAGGAAAGCAGAAAAUUUAUGAUUCUCACUCUUCUGGGUAUCGUGCAUCCGCUGACAUGGAAGUUUGUCACAACUAUUUGGAUAGCUUACAUCAUAAUGGGAUUAUUUCUGGAUUAAUGUUGAUUUCUUUACAUUUGAAAAGAUCUACCUCAUCUGGGAAAAUGAUCAAAACAGUGGUUAUUGGCCUUGGAGCAGGAUUACUUCCUAUGUUUAUGAAGAAUUGCCUACCUUUUUGUCAAAUUGAGGUCCUUGAGGCAGAUCCUGUUGUUUUGGGCAUUGCUAGAAAUUAUUUUGGUUUAGUAGAAAAUGAUCGCUUAAAGGUACAUAUUACUAAUCCCUUCGAGUUUCUCGAAAAGGCCUCUACGGCAGUUGAUGCAGAAGGGAACCCAUCUUUCAAAUUCGACGUACUUGUAGUUGAUGUGACCUCAAAAAAAGUCGGUGCUGCUUUGAUCUGCCCCACAAAAUGUUUUCUUGUUGAACCUUUUCUUUUGCAAGCAAAAAAAUGGCUUUCUAAAGACGGUUUAUACAUCGUUCAUUUGGUCACUUGUUACUCCGGUGUGAGGCUUCCACUCUAUUCGAGUUUUAAGAAGGUCUUUAGAAAUGUAUUUACGCUCCAGCUUCAAGAUGAUGCGAAUGAAGUAAUAUUUGCACUCAACUCGGAAUCUCCCGUGACAGAGGACCAACUUUCCAGAGCUUGUAACGAACUUGCAACAUCGCUAAAGCUGGGAAAUUAUGAUUGGGGGCAAAGAGUUAUAGAUGCCUCAGAAUUGAUCAAGCCUGUCACAUGAACAUAUACAGAGUAUUAGAAAUCUGAUGCAUUCUUUUUUUUUUUUUUAAAUAAUAUUUGAUUAGGGGCAAUUUUUUUGUCAAUUUUCAAUACAUCACGGAUCGAAAGUGUCUUAAAUAGCAUAAACGAGAAGUGAGAUUAUACGUACAUGCUAACUACAAAAAGGAAAAUAUAAAUCGACAUUACUUCAAAAAACAAACGGUGGAGAAAGUAUGUCCGAUUUUGUGAUGCUA